AAAGGGUGUGACGACGAGCCGAGACAAGUGGCCACCAGUGGUGGCGCACCUCAUGAGGCGGUGGAGGGGACGGAGCCGUCGGUGACCGCCGUUUCGGACAAUCACUUGAGUUAUAGAGAUAUGAGGAAAGAGUUGCAAACAAUGGACACAGAAUUGGGCCAAAUGUUGGACAACGCGAGGCUAAUGGACGUGAAAGUGGGAGUAUUGGUGGCCGACAUGUCCUCUGGCAUCGAGACAACGGAUCUGUUGCGUAAUAUGUGUCGAGCGAUGGCCACAGAGGCCGACAUCAGUGGCCGACUAAAGGCCGCAAACGACGGCCAGAAAUUGAUGGCCGAAAUACCGAAGAAG